AUGGAGUUUGCAGAGCUGAUCAAGACAGCGAAGGUGGAGAACGUGCAGCUCUCAUGCCCCGGGCUCCCGCCGAUCAAGGGGACGCUGUGCAUCACCAGCCAUCACCUGCUGCUGUCGUCCCAGCCCGGGGGCCAUGGGGAGCAGGGCACGGUGGAGCUUUGGCUUCUCAUCCGGAACGUGGACGCUGUUGAGAAAAGGAUUGCAAGUUCCUUGGGCACAAUCACACUCAAGUGCAAAGACCUGAAGGUGCUGCAGCUGGAGAUCCCGGGUAUGGAGGAAUGUCUCAACAUCGCCAGCUCCACUGAGGCCCUCUCUUCUGUGGAUUCAGUGAUGAUGAUGUACCCAUUCUUCUACAGACCCCAAAGCAUGAAGCUCAAGGAUGGAUGGCAGCUUUACCCCCUCCAACAUUACUACCAACAAAUCGCCUCAGAGACAAGUGCUUGGAGGCUGAGCUGUGUUAACGGGGAUUUCACCAUCUGCUCCAGUUACCCACUAGCUGUAAUUGUACCAGCCACAGUGGACGAUAAUGUCUUGAAGAAGGCCGCCCGGUUCCGCCAGGGGGGACGAUUCCCUGUCCUCAGCUACUAUCACAAGAAGAAUGGGACGGUGAUGCUCCGUAGCAGCCAGCCACUGAUAGGGCCCAACAGGAAGCGCUGCCAAGAGGAUGAGCUGCUGCUCAGCGCCGUCCUGGAUGGAGGGGAGCGUGGCUUCAUCAUCGACACCCGCUCAGCUCAGGCAGCCAAGCAGGCUCGGGUGAUGGGGGGCGGCACGGAGCCCAAAUCCUCCUAUCCCCACUGGAAGAGGCUGCACAGGCCACUGGAGAGGGGCCGCCCGCUCCAGGAGAGUUUCAUUAAGCUGGUAGAAGCCUGCAACGACACUUCCCUCAGCAUGGACCGCUGGCUGAGCAAGCUGGAGAGCUCCAAAUGGCUGGCCCACGUCAAGGGGGCCCUGAGCACCGCCUGCCUGGCCGCCCAGUGCAUGGAGAGGGAAGAGGCCUGCAUCCUGGUGCAUGGAGCCGAGGGGACAGAUACCACCCUGCUGGUGACCGCUCUGGCCCAGGUGAUCCUAGACCCUGACUGCAGGACACUGACUGGCUUCCAGGGGCUGCUGGAGCGGGAGUGGAUAGAGGCAGGACACCCGUUUCACUUCCGCUGUGCCCACUCCGCCUACUCCCACGCCCGGCUCAAGCAGGAGGCUCCCAUCUUCCUCCUCUUCCUCGACUGUGUCUGGCAGCUGGGGCACCAGUUCCCCUUCUCCCUGCAGUUUAACGAGCGCCUCCUGCUGGUGCUGUUCGAACACACGUACGCAUCUUGCUACGGGACCUUUCUGUGCAACAGCGAGAAGGAAAGGUGCUUGUGUGAAGUGAAGGAGAAAACUCACUCCCUCUGGUCCUGGCUGAACCAACCCAGCGAGUUGAAAAAACACCUGAAUCCCCUGUACACAUACAAUGCCCUGGUCAUCUGGCCGUCCGUGGAGCCUCAGAGCCUGCAGCUCUGGCAAGGUUUGUUCCUCCGGUGGAUCCGAUCCUCUCAGUACUUAGAUGAGGCCUGGGCAGAAAUCCAGCGACUAGUGACAAACUGUGAAGAUGCCCCAGAGGAGAGCGCAGGGCGCACACUGUGCCACUCACAACCAGAUGCUGCUUACCCACUGACAAUCACAGGGACCGCAAACGAAGGAUGAACCAGAACAUCGGUGGCUGCAACAGAAUGGCUGGUGGCUCAGGCUUGGCCACAUCUCCCAUCUAUCGCUCAGACUGCUCCAGAGGCAGCGAGGACAGACGCUGCCUCUUAGGGAGUAGGGCUUUGUGCUGGUCACACGGGCCCUGUUGAAGCCAAAUACAAAUUUGGAGAGCAGGCCAGGCUCUGAGCCGAACGCACCAGGAUCAGAGGACACGUGGGGCACGCACAGCCCCAACCUUGUGGCACAAUGCUUUGAGCAGUUACAAAGUACAGACUAGGUUUGUUACAGUAAAAUGGUCUCUACUCAUGACAUCUCCUCCUUUCGAGUGGGGAAUAUUCAGGGCAUGUCUACACUGCAAUAAAAAACCUGCAGCACUGAGGCUCAGAACUUGGGUCAGCUGAUGCGGGGUCACA